AAACCGCGAACGAGCCACUCCGAGCAGUCAGCUGACUGAACCUGACAGCAGCGCCCUGCAGUCUCUGCAGCAGGAAACACCACAUUCAUUCAUUCUCAGACCCAACCAUGAAGAAGAACAAAAGCAAAACGAACAGCACUGCCGAGAAGGAGUUUGUGUUUGAGUUCAGGGCGGGGGAACACAAUUGUGUCCUCAAAGUGCCUCUGCAGUUUCCUGCUCAAGAGAACAUCUGUGACCUUCACGGGCGCCUGGUGCUGCUCCAUAAAAUACCCUGCCACAUAGAGGAUGAGCUCAAAACAUCCCUUUCCAACUUCAUUGAGAGUGAGACCAUCCUGGAUUACGACAGAGAGGCAGAGCUGGCCCUGCAAAGACUCACAGUGGGAGAUGUAGACGUGAACCAGCUCACCAACGCAUGGACCAGGUCUUAUGUGGAGACUACGCUGGAGCACGCUCGACCCGAAGAGCCCAGCUGGGACGAGGACUUUGCUGACGUUUACCAUGAGCUGAUCCACUCCCCUGCCUCAGAUACCCUUCUCAACCUGGAGCACAACUACUUUGUGAGCAUCUCCGAGCUCAUCAGUGAGAGAGACAUGGAGAUUAAGAAGCUGCAAGAGAGGCAAGCCGCUGAAAUGGACAAAGUGAUGCAUGAGCUGGGAAAUACUUUGAGUGACCAUGAUGUAAAUGCAGUUGCCUCUCAACACUUUGAUGCACAGCAGGUGUUGGAGAACAAGUGGGCCAGUGAGCUGAAGCAAGUUACUGGCAUUCAAAAGCACGAGUAUCAGGAGUGGGUCAUCAGUCUGCACCAGGACCUGCAGAAAUCCAACAGCAGCCAAAUCACUGAGGAGAUUAAGGUGCAGCCCAGCCAGCUGUCGGAGCUGGCGGAUUCUGGAGCCAGGAUGUUCGAGGAGCAGCCUCAGCUGGAGGAGAGCUUCACCAUACAUUUAGGAGCACAACUGAAGACGAUGCACAACCUGCGGCUGGUCCGCUCGGAUGUGCUGGACUUCUGCAAGCACCGGCGGCACAGCAGCGGCGGGGCGAAGCUGAGGCGCCUGCAGACGGCCCUCUCGCUCUACUCCUCCUCACUCUGCGGUCUGGUGUUGUUGGUCGACAACAGGGUCAACUCCUACAGUGGCAUCAAGAGAGACUUUGCAACUGUCGCGAAGGAGUGCACAGACUUCCACUUUCCCUUUCUGGAGGCGCAGCUGGACGAGGUGCAGCAGGUGUUGCUCUAUGCCAGAGCCCAGCGGAGCAGCAAGCACAAAGAACAGCCUGAGAUUCCAAGGAACGGGGGUGACGAUAAGAGCAAAAAUGUUGACAGAAACCCAUCUAACAUCCUACCAGGUGAGUUCUACAUCUCGCGGCACUCCAACCUGUCGGAGGUCCACGUGGUCUUCCACCUGUGCGUGGACGACAACGUGCGCUCUGGGAACAUCACGGCCCGGGACCCGGCCAUUAUGGGCUUGAGAAACAUCCUGAAGGUCUGCUGCACACACGACGUCACCACCAUCACGGUCCCGCUGCUGCUGGUCCACGACAUGUCGGAGGAGAUGACCAUACCGUGGUGUCUAAAGAGAGCAGAGCUGGUAUUCAAAUGUGUCAAAGGCUUCAUGAUGGAGAUGGCCUCGUGGGAUGGAGGAAUAUCGCGCACAGUCCAGUUUCUGGUGCCAAAGAGUAUCUCAGAGGAGAUGUUCUACCAGUUGAGCAACAUGCUGCCUCAGAUCUUCCGCGUCUCCUCCACCCUAACCCUCACCUCAAAGCACUGAUGCACCACAACCUCACCUCACGGCAUUCCGACUAACAGAGACUGACUUAAUCGAACAGUUAUACAGACAUGUUGUGGAACUGUUGACUUUGUGGUGAAGUAGCACAUGGGGGGGUGCAUUCAUUGAAAUAGGGGUCAACAUAAUAUGGUUGCAUUAAAGCACUUUCAGAAGAUGUGCAGAAAAGGUUUUUUAAUGAGACAAGAGGCCCUUGGUUGUUUUGCGCCUUCCAAAGCUAAACGCGCUGUAAAUACUUCUUACUGGAUUCAGUGGCUCCAGCGCAGCUGCUGCAGUUAUCAUUUCAAGAGUCCGGAGUGCGGUUCUGGUGACAGCGUUUUAUGACAUCAUGACAUCAGCCGCCGGUGAUGCAAGUGUACCAGUUUUUCCUUUAAAGCUGCGGUCUGUAGCUUCCCGCACGUUGGAGCUGCAGCAUAAUGGAGAAUGCUCUGUCGGUGGAGUUGUUUUAACCGGCUGGUACUGCCAUCAACGGAGCAGAAAGAAAACAAAGUGUUUACUGAAGCCAUGAACCUGGAUUGGACAGGCGUGACCUAACUGUAUUAGCAACCGCACUAAAUGUAACUUUUGUAGUGUUUUAACCACACAUUAUGACACGGAUGGAUGGAAUAACAGUAUGUUGAUUAUACAAAAAUAAUCAUUUUAAAGACCGAUCUCCUCUUUAAAUCCAUUUUUUAGAUGUAUGACCACACAGUUUAGCCAUCAUAUGAGAUUGAACACUCUAAACUGACGGGGAAGUAGCUGGUAUUUGGGAGCUGAUUUGUCCAGAGGGAAGUGACAUGAACUUUGACUCCUAGUCCCAAAAGAUGAAUGCCGUUGCUGCUGAGAUGAGCAACGCGCCGGUGUUUUUUUAAUGCUGCAUUGCAGUAAGUUGUAGUGAGAUCACACUUAAUUUGUGUGUUUUUUUUGUGUGGUUCCUCCCUUCUGCCCCUGUAACAGCAGAUGGCACUGUUCCUACAGACACAGAUGUGACAACGGUGACCACACAGGCACUUAUAGUCUAUUAGUACAAGAAAGUGAAUUUCAUGUUGGUCCUGAUGAGCCCUGUGGGGGGGAAUCAGGGGUCUUGUGUUUAAAUGAGUGAAUUCUGUUGAACACUUGAACCUAAUCAGAUAUGUAUUCUGUUUAUUCACUGUAUAUUUUUUAAUUUUUUAUGUUUGAAUAAAAAAUAAACGCUCACCACA